UUGUGAAAUAUGUUUCUUGCUACUUCGUGUAGUACCUAUAAUGUACUGAAUUCUUGUCAUGACGACAGCAAGUAAUUGUCUGCACUCAUUCUGUACAAAUACAAUAACGUUCGAUCUUGACUACCAUUUACGUUUGUACCAUAAAAAUACAAUAUACUUAACUCACUCAAACACAAAUGAAGUCGUCUAUACCAUAAGAAAUUCAUGAAUACAUUGGUAAUAUUAUUUAUGAGCUUGCGCACGCUCCGACUAUUAGGUUUAUGCUAUGCCGAGUUCGCAUCCCGAGUGCCUAAAGCGGGCUCCGCUUACGUCUACAGUUACGUAAGCGUUGGCGAGUUUAUAGCCUUCACCAUUGGCUGGAACCUCAUCCUGGAGUAUGUGAUUGGCACCGCCAGCGUAGCCAAGGGCAUGGCCAACUAUAUCGACAGCCUCUGCAACAAUACAAUGGCGAACACUAUGAGAGAUAUCGCACCAAUCAACAUAUCGUUCCUGGCUGAUUAUCCUGAUUUCUUCGCGUUCGCUCUCGUGUUUCUGAUUACGAUUCUCCUGGGCAUCGGUGUGAAAGAGUCAACCAAACUGAACAACGUGUUCACCGCUCUCAACAUGGCCACGGUCAUCAUAGUAGUCAUCGCGGGCGCUGUCAAAAGUAACCCAGAAAACUGGCGUAUAAAACUAGAGGACAUCCCUGAGGAAUACCAAUCUUCAGCGGGCGCGGGUGGUUUUAUGCCCUGGGGUAUGGCCGGCGUGAUGGCGGGCGCAGCUAAAUGCUUCUUCGGGUUUGUUGGUUUCGACUGCGUGGCGACUACAGGGGAAGAAGCCAAGGACCCUAAGAGAGACAUACCGUUGUCCAUCGUGCUGUCGUUGGUGAUAAUCUUCGUGUCAUACUUCAGUAUCGCGACGGUGCUCACUAUGAUGUGGCCUUAUUACUUGCAGGACGCCGACGCGCCUUUCCCCCACGUGUUCACGGAGACCGGCAUGCCAGUGAUCAAAUGGAUUGUGACUGUCGGCGCCAUCUUCGCGCUGUGCACCAGCUUGCUCGGCGCCAUGUUCCCGCUACCCAGAGUAUUGUACGCCAUGGGAACAGACGGCGUACUCUUCCGACCGCUGUCUGCGAUCAACAAGAGAACUAAGACACCUCUGCUGGCGACGUUCUUCAGUGGUUUAUUGUCAGCUAUAAUGGCGGCGAUCUUCAAUUUGAACCAACUGAUCGACAUGAUGUCAAUCGGUACUCUUCUAGCAUACACGAUAGUCGCAACCAGCAUCUUAAUAUUGAGGUAUGAAGAGGUACAGACGCCCCCCCAUAACGGCAACAAACCGUUACCAGAGACCCCCUACUCGGUAGCGCGGCAGGCGUUCAAUCUGCUCGGACUCAAGGAGCCCACGCAGCUCUCCGCUAACAUCGCUAAAGUCACCAUUUGUGUGUUCUUCGUGGUGGCAAUGGUAUGCGGCGCACUGCUGCGAUGGGAGAGCAUCGGCGCGGGCGCAGGCGCGGCGCUGGGAGCUCUCGGAGCCGCGCUGUUGCUGUUACUGCUGGUGCUAUACCGCCAGCCUUCCAGAGACGUGCAGCAUCUGAGCUUCACCGUCCCGCUCGUGCCCCUGGUGCCAUACCUGAGCGUGUGCAUGAACGUGUACCUGAUGGUGCAGCUGGACUACCAGACCUGGGUGCGGUUCAUCAUCUGGCUAGCAGUCGGCUACAUUAUAUACUUUGGGUAUGGCUUAAGAAACAGCUCUUUGAACGAGGAAAAAGCCCCUGUUACAAUGAACGGGAAACCCGAAGAUAAGAACCAUGUUACUACGAAAUUCUAA